AUGACAAAUGAGCAGGUGGUUCAGUUGAAUAUUGGAAUGGGUAUAUUCUCAAUAAUAAGAAAUGGGUUAAAGAGUCCUAUCUGGCAGUCACAGUUGAAGGAGAUUAAAUUGUCUUUAUCUGCUGAUUAUAAUCAGGAGAAUAUGGAGGGCCUUCUAAUGCGACAAGGGAAUCCUCUGCUUGACCAUCCAUAUCGUCGAUCUGCAAGACACGCACGGAAGACGUUACCCGCGCCGUGGAGGUGGAACAAUCACACUCCUUGGUCAGCUUCUCUUGAUGGCGCUGAUGACAGAUCUGAACAACUCCAGGAUGCGGUGUCGCAACUUCUCUCUACCUUUCAGGGAGAAAAAGCUGCAUUCAAUCUUCGUUCAAAGAUAAGCAGUCGUGACAUUGCGUUUGAACUUUCACGUCUGUUUGAGCGGGUUCGAAACGGCGACUUCAACUACACCUACUACCGUCCACUCAUGACGCUCGUCAUCAAAAAGGCGCCCGACCACGAUAUCUGGAGCGCCGUUCUCGAUCUCAUUACUAGGCUCCCAAGAGUGACCCCCACACCAGCAAGUGUCCCCCCGGCGUUUAACAGCACGCCGAUUACGCAUACCUCCGCGUCGCAGCAAGGCGCCGAACAGACCCGGAAGCUGAUCGAAGCAAGAGUCUUUGAGGAGAUCCGGGACUGCGCGUAUCGGGUUGUGCCAGGUCUCGCUGGUUCGCCCAAGCAGGAAAAAGUGCAUGACUGGUUGUUCCAACUGCAGGACAAUUAUCUCUCGAAGGAGCGACGUCGCUACUACACGAUCAACAUCCCACGGGAACUUAUCGGCGGUGAGGCUCGGCGGCAGGUCGACCUAAUCGUCAAACGAAAGAGCGGAAAGCCAUCGGACACCGAGCAUGACUGGAGAGACAUCGAGGCGAUCGGUGAGCUCAAGGCGUCAGAUAAUAGGGGCGUGAAGGAUACGUUGGUUCAGCUGGCCCGCUCGGGUCCAUUCAAUAUCCACAAGGAGCCGGAACGAUUCAUACGGAUGAUGGCCGGCUACACGAUGAUGAAUGAGGACGAACUAGGUCUGGACAUGUUCAUAGAGCGGGACGGCAACAAUCGCUUCCAAGGAAAUGACGCGGGCACAAAUCCAAAAAAGCGAUCCAGGUCGAACAGCCAGCGGUCGGGGCCAUUCCAUAAUGAGGUCACGUAUGAUGUGGAAGAAACGCAGGGGGCAAGUCUGGUCGCUCCCAGCAAUGGACCGUACGACAAUCGCAUUUUGCGCUGUCUCGUCAUCUAUCCCGCGGGCCGGCCAAUCCAUAAAUACCGGUCGUCCUUGGAGCUGUUGCAAGCGUUGCGCGACGCGGUCAAGGCGCACAAGUCCUUAUAUUUCAAAGGAAAUGUCCUUCACCGAGACAUUUCUGAGAACAACAUCAUCAUAACUAAUACUGAAGAGACUGGCUUUGCGGGGAUGCUGAUUGACAUGGAUCUUGCUAAGGAACUUGGCACUGGGAGAAGCGGUGCACGCUGUCGCACUGGCACUAUGGAGUUUAUGGCCAUCGAUGUGUUGCUCGGCGCGGACCAUACAUACCGGCAUGAUCUUGAGUCAUUAUUCUACGUGCUUAUCUGGCAGUGUGCCCGCCUUUGCUGGACGAAAUGGUAUACUGGCACCUUCAGGGAUAUUGCAAGAAUUAAACGAAGUGAUAUGGGCGUCGAUGGCUUUGAGGAUAUCCUCAAUGAAUUUCCACAACCCUUUGGAUGUGUCAAACCGCUCUGCAAGGAGUUGCGGGGGAUUUUGUUUCCCUACAGGAAUGGCCUCUUCACUGGCACACCUAAGGAUCCAGAGAUUCUCUACCGGCCAAUCAUCUAUGCUUUUGACAAGGCUAUUGAUGAUAUCAAGGCGAUGGAAUGA